AUGGAACUACACGAGGAUUCUAUUCCCUCGAGCGAGGUCGUUCAUUACAUACCCUCGAAAGAGGAUGUCGAACACGAGAACAUUCCAGAUGGUCCUCCAGGAAGUAUACUGGAAGUCAAGCAUCUGUACGAGGUAUAUGAUCAAAAGAAGGACAAGUAUGUACUCUGGCCGGCCCCUCCGGAGACUGCAUCCGAGGAUCAACGGGAGGGCUCGAAGUACGCGGUAUAUGCAUUCUCGGUGGUCCGUCGCUACUCCCCCUCGGGCAAAGGGAAGACAUACGACAUCAUCAUAUCACUUGAGAUUCAUAGCAAGCACCUCAUCGAAGCUGCGAAAGAGGUCGUGGGACAAGUCCACGGCAUCUCAUGGAACGCCAAACACCUCCGCAUCAAUCCGCAAAUUUUCCUGAUGUGGCUGCAUGAGCUCCAGGCUUACCAAGCAAAGCUGAUCGUCACAGCACACAGUGCCCCGGAGAACGACCCUGCCCGCCUGAAGGUCGCGCACCUCAGCCACCUGCUGACCUACCUCACCACAACGUAUGCGUCUACCCUUGACACAUUGUCGUCCUGGCUCCGCCACGGCGAAAUUACAUUUGAUCUUCUGUGGGCAGUGUAUGUUCCUGGCAAAACCAUUCUCUACACCCUUUGUCCCGUCACGGGCGAGCCGCGGGCUGUCCGCUUGCUGCAUGCGGAACUCUUGAAGACAGUCCGAGGGUUGUUGACCAACGUUCACGAUCCUACAGGCCUGACAGUCGGCAAAGAUGACGACGGCCAAUAUAACGAUCAUAUGUGGCGGUUCAAGGUGGAAUAUGUAGAAGCGGAUGUCCCCGAACCAGGACUUCGAACAAAAACGACGAACAAAUUCGGAUAUGCAGACCUCGGAACGGCGCUGUAUAUCCACGGCUUUGCGGGCGCGAGGAAGAUUUCGAACUUGGAUGUCUUUCCUAUUGAUUACUAUGCCGGUCCGGGCGGUACGAGGGGUUUGAAGGAACGAUUGAUCAAGCGCGGCAGAAAGUGGGCCGCGAUCGCUGGAGGAGUCCAUCAUCUUGCAUAUCAAGGCAUGGCCUCAUAUUGGGAAGACAGUUCAUACAUGAAACUCAGUGUGAAGUCGCGAGUAAUGGUCGAUCGCAAGACCUUUGCAGAAAGCAGGCCAAACUAUGAGAAACUGCCCAGAGUCAUAAGAACGUUGUCCGGAUGCGUCAUCGAUAAACAUACUCUCAGCACUAGUCUCACGACUUCGAGUGCUUGGCAGUCGACCACUUCCAUAGCCGAUCUAUCAGAAGAGGAGUUGUUGCUUACGACGCCUGUAGUGUAUGGUUUCAGUCUGUCCGACAAGCGUUGGCUGGAGUUUGCGAUUGAUCAUGUGGAGGCGUUUGAAUGGAAUGAAAAGGUGUUCUCGCAGCUGGUCAUUCCGGACCAACACAAGACAAUCCUGCAGACGCUCGUGGGAUCUUACAGUGCGGGCGCGGCAUCUGGUUUCGACGAUUUUAUAACCGGAAAAGGCCUCGGACUUGUAAUCAACCUCUUCGGCAAUCCUGGGAUAGGUAAGACCUUGACGGCGGAGGCAAUCACCGAGUAUGCUGGUGAACUCGGGACGACACCCCAAGGUUUGGAUAGGAACUUGUCAAACGUGCUCAAGCUAUCGGCUGCAUGGGAUGCGGUCGUCCUCAUCGAUGAGGCGGAUGUUUUCCUUGAGCAGCGCUCAUUGCAUCACCUCGAGAGGAAUGCCAUGGUCGCUGUCUUCCUGAGGCAGCUCGAGUAUUUCCGCGGGAUCCUCUUCUUGACUACGAACCGAGUUCGGGUGUUCGACGAGGCAUUCCAGAGUCGCAUUCACGUAUCACUCAAAUAUCCGGACCUCACUCCUGAUGCGCGCCGCCAGAUCUGGGUGGCAUUCAUUCGCAAGGCCAACGCAAAUCUGGCAGAUGGGCAGCUUACCGAAGAAGAGCUGAGUGAUCUGGGUGAGAGGAAGGUGAAUGGACGGCAGAUCAAGAACGCUGUGAAGACUGCUGGAGCUCUGGCUGCUGGGAAGCAGGAGGUUCUGGGCUAUACGCAUCUGGCACAGGUUUUGGACUUGAUGGAGGAGUUUGAAAUGAAGUAUGCGCGCAUGUUCUAA